UUCAGGUAUAGCGGAAGUGACUGUGUGAGCAUUCCAACACGGAACUCACAACAGCGAUAGAGAUUAGAGAUUAGAGAAUCGAGGAUACGGUUGCUCCGUGAGCGGUCCUCAUCCUAAUACGUGGACUGAUCUUUUGGGCAAUAUAUACUAUAUAAUAUCACACACGAUCAGAUCACGCCAAUGCCCAAUCAAGAGCAACAAAAUAGGCCCAUGCCCUUGUCCAUCAUCCUACUCAUGAUCUGUAUCAUUUGUCCCGGUGCCGAGAACGUCUCUCUUUUCUUCGUUUUUCUAGAUAUAAAAAGAUAGGCAGAGGAGAUUGCUCCGUAGCGAAGUGACACAGCUCCAGCUCGACAUCUGAUCGAUUCAACACAGGGCACGGAGGUGAACCGGUGAAUUCUCGGUCAGCUGCUGUCAUCCUAUAGCUGACUUGAACAGUUUUUGCAUAAGCAUCUAGUACUGACCUCACCGUGUGAAGUCUCGGUCACAGCUGCUUUCAUCCUCCUCCGAAUCUUAGAAAAUUUAGAGGUGACGAUGAAGAGAGGCACCGGCACUGCAUGCAUUUUCUAAUCCGUAUCUUGGAUUAGCAUCAACUAACAUGGUCAGUCCGUAGAAUCCAGAAUAGUCUUGCACUUGCAUUUUUAUCUGCCGUCUCUCCCAUCGUGUAGCACCAGAAUUAAGCCGCCUCAGCCAAACACCUGGCUUCAGAUAAAAUUCUUCUCCUACGCCACUCUGCGAGAGUGCGAGCUAGAGUAGAUCGCUGAGGCCGUCUCCGUUCACGCAAGCCAGACCUCCACCUCUCGCGGUCGCGCCGCCGGCUACCUCACGGCAAUGGACAGGCUCGGCUCGAAUCCGGCGAACUCAUGCCCGCUCACGCCGCUGGGAUUCCUGGAGCGUGCGGCCACCGUCUUCGGCGACUGCUCCUCCGUCGUCUACCACGACACGGUCUUCACCUGGUCGCAGACACACCGGCGAUGCCUCCGCCUCGCCUCCGCGCUCGUCUCCCUCGGCAUCACCCGCGGCGAUAUCGUGUCCGUGCUGUUGCCGAACGUGCCGGCCAUGUACGAGAUGCAGUUCGGAGUGCCCAUGAGCGGCGCCGUGCUCAACAACAUCAACACGCGCCUGGACGCGCGCACGGUCGCCGUCCUGCUCCGCCACUCCGGCUGCAAGCUCGUCUUCGUCGACCCGGCGUCUCUAACGCUCAUCACAGACGCGCUCAAGCAGCUCCCGCACGGGCACCCGGCGCCGCGCGUCAUCCUCGUCGAGGAUCCCCACGAGAAGGGUCUCCCCGCCGCCCCGGCCGGGUCACUGACGUACGAGAGGCUUCUCGAGAAUGGCGACCCGGAGUUCGCGUGGGUGCGGCCGGCCAGCGAGUGGGAGCCGAUGAUACUGAACUACACCUCCGGCACGACGUCGGAGCCCAAGGGCGUGGUGCACUGCCACCGGGGGCUCUUCCUGAUCACGCUCGACUCGCUCAUCGAAUGGGCGGUCCCGCCGCAGGCGACGUACCUGUGGACGCUGCCCAUGUUCCACGCCAACGGCUGGAGCUUCCCGUGGGGGAUGGCCGUGGUGGGCGGCACCAACGUCUGCCUGCGCCGCGUCGACGCCGGCGAGGUGUACGCCACCAUCGCGGCCCGCGGGGUCACUCACCUCUGCGGCGCGCCCGUCGUGCUCAACAUGCUGGCCAACGCCCCGGAGGUCGUGCGGCGGCCGCUCCCGGGGAAGGUGCGCAUCCUAACCGCCGGCGCGCCGCCGCCGGCUGCCGUGCUGCACCGCACGGAGUCCAUCGGGUUCGAGGUCAGCCACGGGUACGGGCUGACCGAGACGGCGGGGCUGGUGGUCUGCUGCUCGUGGAAACGGGAGUGGAACAAGCUCCCCGCGUCGGAGCGGGCACGGCUCAAGUCGAGGCAGGGUGUGCGCACGCCGGGCAUGGCCGAGGUCGACAUCGUCGACGGCGAGACCGGACGCAGCGUUCCCCGCGACGGGUCCACGAUGGGCGAGAUCGUGCUCCGCGGCGGCUGCGUCAUGCUCGGCUACCUCAACGACGAUAAGGCCACCGGGGCGGCGAUACGCGAAGACGGGUGGUUCUACACGGGGGACGUCGGCGUGAUGCACCCGGACGGGUACAUGGAGAUCCGCGACCGGUCCAAGGACGUGAUCAUCAGCGGCGGGGAGAACAUCAGCAGCGUGGAGGUGGAGUCCGUGCUCUACAGCCACCCGGCGGUGAACGAGGCCGCGGUGGUGGCGCGGCCGGACGACUUCUGGGGAGAGACGCCGUGCGCGUUCGUGGGACUCAAGGAGGGAGCGUCGGCGGGCGCGGUGACGGCCGCCGAUGUCAUCGCGUGGUGCCGCCAGCGCAUGCCGCACUACAUGGUGCCGAGAACGGUGGUGUUUCGCGACGAGCUGCCAAAGACCUCCACCGGCAAGAUCCAAAAGUACGUGCUCCGGAACCUUGCCAAGGAGAUGGGGUCAACCCGGAAGGGAGGCAGCAGCAUCAGCAAGAUGUAGUAGGGAUGUCCUCUUGUUUGGCGUGCUCGCUGCACGCUGUAGCAUGGCAUGGGGUUGGCAACUUGGCAUGCAUCUCCUUUGGAUCGGCACUACUCAAAGUAGUAUAAUUGAUGCGGACCUGGACGCAUGGGGUUUCCUGAUACAUCAGAUUUGUCUCAUUUUUUUUUAUCUUAUCCGAUCCUGUGGUGACUCACAAGCUAAAUGAUUGAUAGGGACGAAUGCUCAGACUGUAUUCUUAAACUUCUGAUUUUAUUUUGUGUUAAGUUUAUGUUGUGUA